CUCUGUCGGCCGUCACCUAGGCGAGUGCUGUCGGCAUUAGACCCUCUCGCUCGAGUGGUCCUGUUGCCUCCGAGAAGAUCCUCUGGUCUUGUUUUGGACAUAAUAACACUGUUCUCGAUGGAGCAAGAGCUAUUGCAACUGUAGAAUUGUAGCUGCUACACGAAUGCAAACAGAGACACAGAGCUAAACUGUCACCAGCCGGCUUCUAUCUGAUAACAGCCCACAGAAGAGUGGACCAUGGCGGAGCACCUCUCUCAGAGCGAGCUGGACUACCCUUUCAAACUGCUGGAGUACUUCAACGGCUUCAGGGUCUCCAAGGUGAUAUUUUCUGCGUGUGAGCUCGGGGUGUUUGACCUCCUGCUGCAAUCCCAGAAUGCCCUGCAGGCGGGCGAGGUGGCGCGGGAGCUGGGCAGCAGUCAGGACGGCAUGGAGCGCCUGCUGGACGUGCUGGUGGGCAUCGAGAUCCUGGAGGUGGAGCGCAAAGAGGGCACAGCUUACUACAGCAGCACAGAUGUGUCCAAUCUCUACCUGGCCAAAGCCAGCCCUAAGUCCCUGCACGACAUGAUCAUCUACCAAUCACAAACCAUCUACCCGCUCUGGAACAACCUGGUGGACGCAGUCAGGGAAGGGAAGAAUCAGAAUGAAAAGACCUUUGGGCUAUCGUCCGAGGACAUCUUUUCAGCCAUUUACAGGUCAGAGGAGGAGAUGCUCAAGUUCAUGGGGCUUAUGAACUCGACGUGGGCCAUUGACGGACAUGACAUAGUCACUGCCUUUAACCUCUCCGGGUUUAAAAGCAUGGUGGACCUCGGCGGCUGCUCGGGGGCGUUGGCGCGCGAGCUGGCCAGGGAGUACCCCUCCUCCACCGUGACCGUGCUGGACCUGCCCAAAGUGGUCCAGACGGCCAGGCGGCACUUCUCAGAGGAGAGCGACAGCACCGUCCAGUUCCAGGAGGGAGACUUCUUUGAAGGAGAGCUCCCUCCAGCUGAUCUGUACAUCCUGGCCCGGAUCAUCCACGACUGGAAGGAGGAGAAAUGUGAAAAGCUGCUGAAGAAAAUACACUCCUCCUGCUCUCCUGGUGGCGGUGUCAUGAUCGUGGAGGCCAUGUUGUUUGAGAAGCGGUGUGGGCCAAUCACGGCGCAGCUCUUCUCGCUGAACAUGCUGGUGCAGACGGAGGGCAAGGAGCACCCGCCGUCGCGCUACACACACAUGCUCACGCACGCCGGCUUCAAGGACGUGCAGCUGUGCCGCACCGGCAAGUCCUACGACGCCGUCCUGGCCAUCAAAUGAAGACUGAGCUGAAGGCCCGACCCCACCAUAGAC